ACCUGGGGUCAGCGUCAGGUGCAUCACUUCCGGGUUGAUACUCGUAUCUUUGUUCUGUGACACCUCUGUUUACUCUUCCGCGGGGCAUAUACGUAUUUUGGAAGCUAAGUCAUCAGUAGACAGGUAUCUGUGCGGUUUUUAUUUUCAAGACGUUAGGAUCGGCGAUCUACCGUCAACCAAAGGACAUUUGAUGUAAAAUUCGACCUACAGAGACGCGUAAGACAUGGCCGGGAACCAGUCAAGUACGAGACUGGACAAAGCUGUCAGCAUUGUGGUCGAGAAUGGGGGAAUGAGGGCAUUCAAGCCCCUGGCUCGUAGACUUGGGCUCAGCGAGGACGACAUCGACACCGUAACCGUCGCCGCGCCGCAAGACCUCACGGAGCAAAAGCAACAGAUGCUGAGGCUGUGGAGGGAACGUAACGGUACACGAGCGACCCCUAGCAGACUGAUGGAGGCUUGCAGGCACGUGGGCCUCACAGACGUGGCAGAGAAAAUCCAGAGGGCGAUGAUUAUAGGAACGCUAUCUGAACAAACUCAUGAUGACGUAUUCGUGGGUGACGUCUGCGAACAAGCGCUGAAGAAGUACUACAAGAGGACACAGUCGUACUACACCCCCCUCAACUGGUGUCCGUGGGUCGAGCUGGGGCAAAAGGACAGCCACGUACCCGUCCGGGUGAACCGCAUCACACGGGAGCUGUGCACGCCUGCCGAACUGGCCAAGGAAGAGCUUCUGACGGAAGAUGACGCCGUUAUCAUGGCAGAUGACAUCAAGCGAAUCAUCUUCGAGGGUCCUCCUGGAAUCGGGAAGACGACUCUAUUGCGUAACAUCGUCUGUCAUUGGUCGAACAACGGUCAGAAGUUCAAAGGUCUGAAGAUGGUGUUCGCGCUGAAAGGUCGCCAUCUCAAGGCGUCGGAGGACUUGUUUGACGCCAUUUACCAACACAACAUCCUGCCAAGGGACUUUAAGAUCACCAAAGAUCGUCUGCAAGAGUGGGUACAGAAUAACCAAGACAAGGUAAUGUUACAAGCAGUAAAUAUCAUUGUCAUGUUCAUCAUUGAUGCGAUUGAAGAAACUCCCGGUUUUGACCGAGACCAUUUCAUGGCAAGGCUCAUCUUCGGUAACUAUCUCCGUGAGAGCUACGUGGUGCUCACCACCACUGCCAUACACAAUCUUACCGUGCCGAUCUUAAAGUCGUGCGACGCCUACUACGUUGUGGAAGGCUUCAACCAAGAAGACAUCGACACCUUUGUGGGGAAGUUCUUCAAGAACGACAGGGAAGCAUCUGGGAUUCGAGCCCUGCUGACUCAAUACGGCCAAACAAGUCUUGUAGACCUGUGUAAGACGCCCAUGUACCUCAUGCUUCUCUGUCUUCUGUGGAAAGAAAAAGACCGAACGCGACCGGAUACAGUGACGAGACUCUUCGAAGGGAUAGUCGACAUCUCUCUCCGCAAAUACUGCGAGAAACAUCUUCACCUAGAUCCAAAAGAAGAGAUACCCGAUGAUCUUCAGUGUAAACUUGACGAACUGUACGAACUCUCUUGGAGAACUCUUCUUAACGAGAAAGGUCCGGUCGCCUUGAAGGAAAUUGAAGUAAAGAACAUCAGAGAAAGUAUGGUCAAGCUUGGGUUUCUUAUCAAGGAGAAAGGACAUCAGGCUGAGAAGUUCGCGUUCGGGCACAGACUCCUCCGCGAGCUUUUCGCUGCCAAGUACGUGGUGAAGACAAACCGUAAAGACUUGUACGACAUGAUGUGGAGUAAGGGCUGUCACUCCAUGCACAAGUUUAACACUGUGUGCCUCUUCGUAGCAGGACUGCUAGGGGAGCAUGCGAACCCGUUGUUUGAGUCCUUCGCGGACAGCCACACCGCGAUGAUAGCGGACACCACUUGUUCCCCGUGUUGCAUCGACACCAAUACCACCCUAGCCUGCCGGUGUAUCGUCGAAAGCACGCAACCACGUCAAUUUGGCCUCCUCGUUGCGGAAACGCUCACGGCGAACAUGGGAUCGGGGCGCGCCAUCUCUCUCAACUUCUUCCGCCGGCAUCCCAAGUUAAACACCCUUCUCGGUCUCUCCUACAUCGUAGAGAACAUAAUAUGCUUAGACGACCAUGGCAGAGUGGAUGACUCUAAGAGAAUAUCUCUCGUUCUAGACAAUUUGUGGAUUUAUCGCCAGAAAGGUCUAGCUAGCUUGGGGCAGGCUAUCAUGAAGACCCGGUGCAUAGACAGUCUCUCCAUCUCUGCAACAGGCCUUGAUGUCAGUCUAACCAACCCAAGGAGCAAGGAUGGCACCAACGACGGCAUGUGCAGCUUCUUCGAAGCAAUCGGUGACUCUAGAAGUAUGAUCAGAGCAUUGACGAUCACUGCACAGAUAGAUCGGAUGAGCGAGUCUGCUAUCCGAGCCAUCCCCGAAUCCUUCAAGAACAACGUGAACUUGGAGCAGCUGGACCUUUUCACACUGUUCUCCAAGAGAUGUUCAUACCGCUGUGACAAUGAUGAAAGAAAUCCGUGUGCUCGCACCAAACACAUAGAGAUGCAUCUCACUGAUGUCGCGAAGGCGUUAGAGGGCAUGUCAAACCUUCAAUGCCUUAGGAUCUCAGCAAAUAUCCUCCGGGAAGAAAUGUCUCAGACUCUAUUCGUCCCAGUCUUGCAGAGUCAUUCCAGCAUUCAGGCUCUCCAUGUCGUUGGUCAGGUCAAAGGACGAGGCCACUUGACCAUGACAGGGGUGAGAUCUCUCUCUGGAAUUCUGGAAAAGAACCGGAAGUUGGAAGCCGUCAGCAUCCGGUUGACGACAGUGUCGGAGGACACCGGUGAACCACUGGCAGCCGCUCUUUGUGAAGGACUUUGCAAGACAAGCGCGACCUCUAUCGAGCUCCUCUUUAACUGCAUCUUACCCCAUGAGGCUCGCACCUUCGCAGACAUUGUGAAGACAAACGUAAACGUUACAGAUGUCACCUACUCAUGGCACACGAUGUUUCCUUCUUUUCUUAAGACCUUAGCAAACAGCGUCAGAGUCUCCGCAACCCUGGAAAGAUUGGUGCUCUGCGGAAAGUUUGAGGACAGUGAAUCGUUGGUAAAACUGGUGAAAGCUGCUAUGGCAAACGAAAAACUUGGAUCCCUCGUCUUGAACGGCAAGUAUCUUCUCGAUCGGACGGUCUCUGAUGUCACAGCGUGCUUGAAAGGACGACAGAAAGACAGGGAAUUGGACCGUCCGUUUAUUUUGCAACUUUCAGGCGAUGUAGUGGGAGACAGCGCAGAAGAAGCCAUGACCGAGCUCGAUCAACUGUCAAAGUCGAGCGCCGAUUGUAACAUUGUGGUCCACAACACUCUGUCAGUGGAAACACACCCCGAUGCGUUUAUUGGAAGUCUGCAGCUGAGAGCUAAGAUGAGGGCAAAUAGAGAAAGACUGCGCACUCUCUCCGAGAGGUCGCGCCAAGCUUCUGAGACCUCACUCCGAGAAGUACAAAGUCGAGUUCGGAAGAGACGUUAUUUCUCCAACGACCAGUGGAGCCUGGUGGAGGUGGGCUAA